AGAUUCUAUAUCGCGACGGAUGAAAAAUGAACUCCACAUAAAAUACCCCAACACUUCGAAGGCAUUCCUUCCCUCAAACAGCCCAAACCACCAUCCAUGGAAAUCCAACAACACCCUCCUCCAAAUCCAACCUCACUCACCACCCUCCAAUCGUCCAUACAAAAUCUCAUCACAAACUGGAACCGACGGCAGAGAUUGCACCGGUUCGUCCUCGAUUGCACCAUCAAACAAGAACAACAACAACAACAUGUUGCCAGGAGAGCACCAUGGAGGGCCCACCUUGCGAGCUUCCUCGAAUCAACGCCAGCCCACCUGUUGUUUCUCUCCCUUCUACUACUAGAUCUCAUCCUCACCGUCCUUGAACUCUCCUCCUCCCUCCUAACUUGCAACAACAAGAACAAGGGUGCAACCCAGGUGUUGUUGUACCACUGGGGUGGGAUCGCAAUCCUGACCGUUCUUUCGGUCAGGACUCUGGCUCUAUCUGUUGCGCUGGGCUGUUCAUUUUUCAGGCAACCGGGUCGCGUCGUGGAUGGCCUGGUGUUGAUCGGAGCGUUGAUCCUGGAAGUAUUGGUGGAGGGCCAGGCUAGUGGGCUGCUGGUGGUGGUGAGCCUGUGGCGCGUCGUGAGGGUGGUGGAGAGCGCUUUCGAGCUCAGCGAUGAGGCUAUCGAGGCCCAGAUCGAGGGGAUAGUGUGCCAGUUCGAGGUGAUCCGAAAUGAGAAUGAACGGCUGUGGGAGGCGGUUGCUGAGAGAGAUGAACGGAUUGCGGAGCUUGAGGAAGAGCUGGCUCGGCGAGGGGAUGGUUGCUUACACGGGCACCAUCUGAUGUCUCAGUCUUUGGUGGAAAAUUAGUAGAGUAGUAUAAGACUCUUAUCAG